CUUGCUUGCUUGCUAGGAUAGUGUGAUACACGCGCGCGCGCCAAAGGCAGCGAGCUCUUACUUUUGCCUCGCUCUUACCUCUGCUUCCGAGCAGAGCAGAGGAGAGGAUAUAUAUAUAUAUAUGUAUGGGUAUGAGAUGAGAAAGGGAGCUUGGCGGAAUCCAACGCACAUCCAUGCAUAUCAUAUCGCGCUGCUUAAUUACCGUUAGUGUAAUAUAAGGAGCUCGGAGGGGGGAGAUCGAGCAGCAUCGAUCAUAAGAAUUCCUACUGAUCGAUCCAUCCAUAUAUAUGAUCGAUGGCCCAGCUCCAGCUCCAGCUGCAGCUGCAGGUGGCGGGGGCGGAGAGCUGCGGUAGGAAGGCCAGCAGCUGCUGCUCCGAGGACAUGACGGACCUGGAGCGCGCGCUCGAGGUGCCGCUGCCGUCCGGCGUGCAGCGCCAGGACUCUCUCUACAGGGAUGCCUCCAGGGCCGCCGGGGCGAACCACCACGGACAGGAUAGCUGGCCGCGCACGCUUCGGCUUGCGUUCCAGUGCGUCGGCGUGCUGUACGGCGACAUCGGGACGUCGCCGCUCUACGUCUACUCCAGCACCUUCACCGCCGGCAUCGCCCACACCGACGACCUCCUCGGCGUCCUCUCCCUCAUCAUCUACAGCUUCCUCCUCCUCACCAUCAUCAAGUACGUCUACAUCGCGCUCCGAGCAAACGACGACGGCGACGGCGGGACCUUGGCGCUCUACUCGCUGAUCUCUCGCCACGCCAAGGUGAGCCUUGUGCCCAACCACCAGCCAGAGGACGAGCUGCACCUGGAGCAGAACGAUGAUGCUGUGCUGGCGGCGAAGGCGUCGUUGCGGGGAAGCCGGCGUCGGACGGUGCAGCUGGCGUCGCCGAGGGAGCGCCGGGCGCAGUGGGUCAAGGAGCUGCUGGAGACGAGCAAGCCGGUGCGGAUCUCGCUCUUCCUGCUCACCAUCCUUGCGACGGCCAUGGUGAUCAGCGACGCGUGCCUGACACCGGCCAUCUCCGUGCUCUCCGCCGUCGGGGGCCUCAAAGAGAAAGCGCCCAAUCUCAACACAGACCAGAUCGUGUGGAUCACGGUGGCCAUCCUGGUGGUUUUGUUCGCGGUGCAGCGUUUCGGCACCGACACGGUCGGCUACCUCUUCGCGCCGGUCAUCCUGCUCUGGCUGCUCCUCAUCGGCGGCGUUGGCGUCUACAACCUCGUCAAGCACGACAUCAGCGUCCUCCGCGCCUUCAACCCCAAGUACAUCGUCGACUACUUCCGUCGCAACGGCAAGGACGGCUGGGUCUCCCUCGGCGGCGUCCUCCUCUGCUUUACGGGCACCGAGGCCCUCUUCGCCGACCUCGGCUACUUCAGCAUCCGCUCCAUCCAGCUCAGCUUCGGCUUCGGCCUCGUCCCCGCCGUGCUGCUCGCCUACAUCGGCCAGGCGGCCUUCCUCCGCCGCUACCCCGAGCAGGUGGCCAACACCUUUUACCAGUCCACGCCGGACACCCUUUUCUGGCCGACCUUCGUGCUGGCGCUCGCGGCGUCCGUCAUCGGCAGCCAGGCCAUGAUCUCCUGCGCCUUCGCCACCAUCUCCCACUCGCAGGCGCUCGGCUGCUUCCCGCGCGUCAAGAUCCUCCACACCUCCCGCCAGUACCAGGGCCAGCUCUACAUCCCCGAGGUCAACUUCCUCCUCGCCGCCGCCGCCUGCGUCGUCACGCUCGCCGCCAAGACCACCGCCGUCAUCGCCGAGGCGCACGGCAUCUGCGUCGUCCUCGUCAUGCUCAUCACCACGCUGCUCCUCACCCUGGUCAUGCUCCUCGUCUGGCGGGUCAACGCCGUCUGGGUCGCGCUCUUCUUCGCCGUCUUCGUCGCGUCCGAGUCCGUCUACCUCUCCUCCGUGCUCUACCGCUUCGUGCACGGCGGGUACAUCCCCGUCGCCAUGUCCGCCGUGCUCAUGGCCGUCAUGGUGCUCUGGCACUACGUGCACGUCAAGCGCUACAAGUUCGAGCUGGAGCGCACCGUCUCGCACGACAGCGUGCGGGAGCUGCUCGCGCGCCGAGACCUGCUCAGGGUGCCCGGUAUCGGCCUCUUCUACACGGAGCUGGUGCAGGGCAUCCCGCCGGUGUUCCCGCACCUCGUCGAGAAGAUCCCCUCCAUCCACGCCGUGCUGCUCUUCGUCUCCGUCAAGCACCUCCCCGUGCCGCACGUCGACGCCAUGGAGCGCUUCCUGUUCCGGCAGGUGGCCAGCGACAGCAGCAGCAGGGUGUUCCGGUGUGUGGCGCGCUACGGGUACCGGGACCCGCUGGAGGAGGCCAGGGACUUCGCCGCCAACCUGGUGGAGCGCCUCCAGUACUACAUCCGCGACGUCAACCUCUACGGCGUGGACCACCAGCAGGCGGCCUCCAAGGUCAGCUACCCGAGCUCGCGCUGCGACAGCAUGACCAUGGCGCGGGGGAGGUCCACUUCCACCACCAGCCGCGGCGGCAAUAUGGUCAGUAGCAUGCGGCAUUCGGCGUCGUACACGGAGAGCCUGGCCCUGGCGCGGGCCAGGUCGUCGGGGUGCGCCAUGGCCAUGCCCAUGGGUAACAUGAACAACAUGCACUCGGCGUCGUGCACGGAGAGGGAGAGGGAGCUGCAGCUGGCGCGCGCGAGGUCGACGGGCAUCUUCGCGGAGGAGAUGCUGACGCCGGCGGAGUCGUUCUCGGAGCUGGCACGGACCGGAAGCAGCAAUAUACAGCAUGCGGCGGUGAAGAUCAGCCUGGAGGAGAUUGCGCGGAUCGAGGAGGAGCAGAGGUUCAUUGAGAGGGAGAUGGAGAAGGGGGUGGUGUACAUCCUCGGGGAGAGCGAGGUGGUGGCGCGCCCGCACUCGUCGCUGCUCAAGAAGGUGCUGGUCAACUACGCCUACGCCUUCCUCCGCAAGAACUGCAGGCAGGGGGAGAAGAUGCUCGCCAUCCCAAAGUCGCAGCUGCUCAAGGUCGGAAUGUCCUACGAGAUCUGAUCUGAUCUGGUCUCAUCGAUACAUGCGUUGCAUGCAUCAUUUAGCAUAUAUGCAUGCUGCCUCUUCCUUCGUCUUCAGAUUGAUUAUAUUAAUUUGGUGCUCGAUACACUACUAGCUAACUAUGUAUAUUGCUGUUGGUCACUUGACCUCAACCUUCCUAAUUAACUAUAGUAGUUUCUCCCUUC